AGAUGAACAUAAAAUACAUUUUCAGGGUGACACUCCCUGAUCAAAACAGCUCUUGAACACGGAUAUCAGAUUUGUCUGACGCUGGGUCAUAAUUCGUGCAUGCAAGCGAACAGCAGUAUCAUAGACAGUGGCGGAGCUACAGGGCCCAAGCCCAGGAAGGGUCCACAGAUUGUGAGCUACAGAUUUUGAAAAUGCGGUCGAGAAAAAAAUUUUCGCCUGCGGCGCUACAGAAAUACCUGGAGGGGAGCCCAGCAUUGCCAAGUACGAUUGCCAAGUGCGACUGUGCGACCGUGCUUUGAUUCGUCGAGGAUCAAAUGACGAGCACCUUUUGCUGGAGCGACACCAGAUCGAGAUCGGCAACCACUUGCGGCCCGCAAGUGGUUCCCAAUCAAGUGCAAGAUGCGGGACACCGAAGUGAACUCGUACACGAUGCAAUAGCGCAGUCGCGCCAGGUCUGAAUUCUCUCUGCGGAUGAAUAAGGACAGAAUUAUGCUCGCGCAGAGGAUCGGAUCGUCGAUGACUUAGAAGAAAAGGCAAGCUCGUUAGUUAAAUUGAGAUAUAUCGCAAGAGCGAGAUGAGAUGGCUCGAUUUCCUGGAGCUGAGGCUCUCAGAAAUCGCCUCGGGUCGGCCGCUCCGUACAAGUAUGGAGCGCCAGAAAUUUUCUUGGCUGGAGAGAGGUCGAUGGAGUGGGACCCGAAGACCGGGCGAUUGGACGUUCUGAGGGAGGGCUGACUCCUGUCGGGGGGCCUACGUUCGCUGCGGUUCUGGUAAGUCGCUGGUGUCAGUUCGAGUAAGUUGGUUCGUGCGCACGAUUCUGCAGACUAGCUGCGCUUUGGAUGUCGCCGGCGCCCCGAUCGAAUGCUGAUAAGCUCCGCAGCUCGGAGCAAUGUGCGCUUUGUGUGUGUGUCGCCGGACCGAGGCGCCAGGUCGGUCCGAUUAGGAAGAGGACCUCCUCGUUAGGGUUUCGGCUCUGCAAAGUCAAAUAUUCGUGCCUUGGAAGCAGAAUCAGGGGAUUGGUCCGGGGUUCGGGGAUUGGUCAGGGGGAGAGAUCGAGCAGAGGGCGAAGAGGAAGACGUGAGCACGGCGGCGGGGAGGGAGCUGAUGGACGAGUUCGGCUUGGCGCUGAGAGACCCAGCGAACCUGCGCAGAACGACGUCGGGUCGGUCCGAUUAGGAAGAAGAGCUCCUCGUUAGGGAUUAGGCUCUGCAAAGUGAAAUCUGCGUGCCUCGGAAGCAAAAGCAGAGGAUUGGCCCGGCGUUCAUCGCGCCGCGAAACCGCAGGGGCGGGGAGAGAUCGGGCGGAAUGGGAAGCAUGGCUUUAGCAGAGGGCGAAGAGGAAGACGUGAGCACGGCGGGGAGGGAGCUGAUGGACGAGUUCAACUUGGCGCUGAGAGACCCAGCGAAGCUGAGCAAAUUCGUGGCGAGGGGGGCGGACGUGCCGGAGGAGGUCUGGCGCAAGGCGCUGCUCUGGGCCUGCGCCGCGGGGCAGGUGGAGUUCGUGGCCGAGUUCCUCAACAACUCGCCGCUCAAUAGCCUGGUGAACACGGCGGUCGACGACGACGAGUACACGGCGCUGCACCGGGCGGUGGUGGGCAAGCACCUGGAGGUGGCGCGGCUGCUGUCGCGCCUGGCCUUCAACCUGGUGCCGAUGCUGCACGCCAAAACGCGGCGCGGGUGGACGGCGCUGCAUCUGGCGGUGUGCGCCAACAACGUGGAGAUGGUGGACCUGCUGCUCGCGUGGUACCAGAGAGACGACUUCUGCAAUACUGAAUACGACUUCGAAGACACAUUCCUGAUGACGCCGCUGCAGUACGCCGUGCUGGACCACAAGAGCGACGUGGUGCACCGGCUGGCGACAUCCGAGACCUUCCGCCGGCACCUAAACAAAAUUGACAGCUUCCGGCGCUCGGCGCUGCACAUGGCCUGCUCCUUACCCGACGCGAACGUUGGCGCGGUCGUGGCCGAGCUGCUGGACGCGACGGGCGUGGACCCCAACGCCGUGGACUGCUGCAAAUACACGCCGCUGCACUGGGCCGUGCUGAUGGGCGCGGCCGAGUCCGUGGAGCACUUCAUCAGUCGCGCGACGAAGAAACGAAUCCGCACCACGGAGGUGGACUGCGAGGGCCGGGCCGUGCUGCAGAUCGCCAUCGAGAACCGCGAAAUCGACCGCAAGGUCGGGCGCGACCUGCAGAAGAUGCUGCAGACGGUGCCCGAGGUGAAGGACGAGGUGGAGCGCCUGUACCGCGACCGGCAGGUGUUCGUGGACGCGGCCAACGCCAUCCUGGUGGGCGCGGCGCUCAUUGCCAGCGUCUCCUUCGGCGGCUGGCUGCAGCCCCCGCAGGGCGACGACCAGGAGAUGCGCGUGUUCUGGGCCUUCAACAGCCUCUCCUUCUUCUUCUCGCUGGCCACCGUCACGGCCGGCGCCGGCACCGUGCUGCCCAUGUCCGACGUGUACAUCGGCCACUCCGUCACCAGCAUUCGGCGCUGGCUCGCGCUCACCUCCUGCCUGCUCCUCGUCUCCGUCGUCCUCGUGCUGGGGGCCUUCGUUGCGGCCGGGUUCGCCUCGCUCCCGGCCGUCCCCCGGCUGCACGUCAACAUGGUGACCACCACCUGCAUCGGCACCGUCGUCUGUUGCGUGAUCGGGCUCCUGUUUCUGGAACGCAUGUCGAAGAUCCGCGCGCUCGCCGAUUUCCAGCUGCUCUUUGGCCGCCUGCGGCUGCCCAUGAGAUCGAUCCGCAGGCGCAGCCUAAAGCAUAUGGAUGUCGAGCAGUUGGACGAGGACCUCGAAACUGACCAUGACCACUUUGCUACGAGGCAGUGCCGCGAGCGCGCCCGUCGAAAGGACACGGCGGUGCGGAAGUUCAUCUCAAGCAGCCUUUGCGAUAAGGAGACAUCCCUCCUAAACGAGAACAUGUUGUUUUACAGUUCGGUCAGCACUUUCGACGAGUGGAACGUGUAAACUUGCUCCUCAGAGCAUUGGACAUUCUGUUUUUUAUCCGUGAGAGAUUUGGGAUUUGGCAAAUAUUGUGUUUUACGGACGGACGAUUCUUCACACUGCAACUUCCCUUCGAUCGAGCAAACUCUUCCGACCAUCCUCAGUAGCAGACCGUGUUUCCUGAUCAUAUGCAUUGAUCAUUAAACGUUUGCAUCUAUAUCCUCGACGUCAUUGGCGGAUCCAAGCGAGUUCUUGACAAAGGCACUUUAUACCUUUGCCAUUUCUUCAAUCCCGUGAAGAGCAUUUGUGCGACACACCGUCACGAGUGCGAUCUACAUUGAUUGAUCUAUGGAUAAGUGGCAUGUUCUGUAAUCGCUUCAUUGCUUCCAAGGCAGGCAUGGAAUGAAGCCCGGAUCACUUUCCAGAUCAUGCUGGGUUGAUAUUCCUUGCUGUACAUGUAUCAAUUUUGGGGAGUACAGAAUUUUGGACUCUUCAAACUUUCGACUCGACUCGGGUACUCACAGCCUCCACUUCUCGAUGAGCUUGGCCCGGGUGACCCUUUCUGGAACUGAAAAGUUCACAAUUUCAGGGAUUCUCUUCGACCUUUCCUACUGGGCUGGAAGAUAGCAGUGGGCGAGCUGUCAGCAGACAGGAGGUGUUAUCGUAACAGCGUAUCUUGCCGAACAUCCAUAUCGGACCCCCAACUCGAUGGCCGGUUGGAUACAAUCAUAGUAGUAGUAUUUCUAUAGGCUUCAAGGCCCAGUGUUCGUACUCCCCGUGUACAUGUCCAGCUGGCUAGGUUUCGGUGCAGCAAGAGCCAGAAGCAAGUCCUACUAAUUACUGCGAGAUGAUAGAAAUAAGAAAGGAGGAAUUGAUGAAGUUGCGAAUAUUAUAACAAACAUUGGCAGCAACGAUGUAGAUUCAGAGGAGUGUGGAGGUAAAUUUUGUGGAACAGAAAUCCCAAUCGUGGACGGAACGCGAGGAAACCUAGGGUUAAAUUGCUCGGAAUGGCUGAGCUCGACGGCCUACUAUGGAGCCUUUGCUACCAGUUGCAAUGACCAGGUGUAUGUAGCAUGGGGGAAGGUAUAUUUUGUGUAGCAAAGAUUACGGGGAUGGCAAUCGUGGAUGGAAGGAGAGUAUUGUAGUACAUGUGUAACAAAUUCUUGUCGGUGAAAUUUUCUUUAGUGGUUUACAUUGUCAC